AUGGCACCAUUACGAGUGGCUGUAAUUGGAGCCGGGCCGUCAGGGUUGAUUGCUGCCCGCAUGCUUGCCUCACGACCACAAGAUUUCGACUUCGAGGUUUACGAACGUGGACAUAACAUCGGAGGUACGUGGGUGUACACGGAGAGGACAGGGCUGACUGAAGAUGGCUUCCCAGUACACUCAAGUAUUUACAAGAACCUUAUCACCAACCUACCUACGGAUGUGAUGGAAUUCCCUGACUUUCCCUUCCCUUCGGAUUCGAAGAAAUUUAUACAUUGGAAAGAGGUUCAAGACUACAUUUUUGCCUACGCCGAUCACUUCAACCUUCGCAAACACGUUCAACUGAAUACAGACGUCACGUCUGUAAAACGCAUCACCCCGAAUCCAGUCUCAUCAGGAGAUGCCCACCAAUCUCCCAACAGACCUCAGUGGUCGGUGCGCACGACUGCCCUUCAGGGAGAAGGCAGCGAGGAGAAGGUGUUUGAUGCUGUACUAGUCUGCUCUGGACACUUUAGUGUCCCCCAAUAUCCAGACAUUCCUGGUCAGGAGAGCUUCAGCGGGGUACAGCUGCACAGCCACGAUUACCGCCAUCCAGAACCUUAUGCAAGCAAGUACUCUGAUGGGAGCACUUGCCGUCUGCAUUACAUCAUGAAAGAUCUCUACCCUCACGAUCCGAAGUGA